AUGCGAGCAGUUGAGGCCGGAGCGGAGGAAGAUAGAUACACUUCUGAUUCGAUUUGCAUCCCAAAGCGAAGCGACGCCGCCCUAGCUCACGCUACAGCAUACACAAAUGAAGAAGUUACCGGGCGUCGGCCGCCCAAAUGGAAGCGCAAGAUCAAGUGCGACGAGGCAAAGCCUUGGUGCUUCCGAUGCACUAGCACAAGUCGCCGGUGCGAGGGCUACAAGACGUCCGAGGUACAAUCUACUAUUGCCAGCCGCCAGAGCUCCCUCUUGCGUUCCGCCUCUGCGUCUACCUCUGCAGCUGCAGCUGCAUCCGCAACGUCGCCCUUAUCCGAAGGUCUCCUCGAUACCAGACUUGCCAAUAGCAUUGACGAACACAAGGCAUUCCACGCCUUUCUCCACAGUGGUACCUUCACUCUAGGAUGUUCAUCAGAUAUUGACCUGUGGUGUAGAUAUAUACCACAACUAUUCCACACAGAACCAGCCAUCCGCCAUGCUGGUCUAGCUAUUGGAUCCCUGCUCUUACAAAAUGGAUCUAUGCGCCUCAAAGAGCAGUCGCCCAUCAUCAAGGAAACCGGAAGUGGUGGUGAUGGAGCCUUUGCUGUCCACCAUUACCAAAAGGCCAUCCAAUCGACUCUGCGAUCCAUGCAGAGCGGCCGGAAAGACAUCAAGCUAGCAGGCAUAACUUGUAUCCUCUUCUUCUCAAUUGAAGCUCUGCAGGGUCACGAACAUGAAGCAUUGCAACUUUUCAAACGCGGAAACCAAUUCCGGCCCAUCUCGAGCUUUGAGGACCCAAAUCAUGCCGAUCCAAUCUUGGCUGGUCUUGAGCAGUCCUUCUCGCGGCUUCACAUUCAGUCGUCCAUGUUUGAAGGCUCCGUCAUCCAAACGACCGAGACGGACGCGGACCUUGACGGUGCAAUCAACUCGACGAUACAAGCACAGACCGAAUUGUCCAGCUUGAUACUUAUCACAUGUCGGGCUGUCGAGGAGGGAAUUUUCAUGAAGUGGAUGCCCCAGUUUACCCAAUUUGUCAACGUAGGCGAUAUGGAUAGGGGGGCCGCUUUGCUCCAAAUCCAGGCUCGCGUUCGGCAACUUCGUGAAACCUUGCAGCGGUGGCAUACACGUUUUCUGGCGUACAAGGAGCAGAGUUCCCGCAAGAGAGAGUCGGUAGAAGAAGCCAUCCUGACUGGUUUCCUUCUUUUGCGGUCCGAGUCCAUAUACUUUUGGAUGGUCGGAUGUACAGAGCAGAGCGAGUUGGUGUACGACAGCUGCCUCCCCAGAUUCCAAGAAGCAGUAAACAGCGCCGGGCAAAUACUGGAUCUCAUGCAUCGAUCGGGUAAAGUUGGACCCUUUUCAUUUGAACUGGGUCUCAUGCCUCCUCUCUUUGUCAUUAUUCAAAAGUGCAGAGAUCCGCGGGUCCGCCGCCAGGCUCUUGAUCUCCUCAGACGGGCCCCGGCCCAAGAAGGGCUCUGGAACCGUGACAUUAUAGUUCAGGUCUGCGAAAAGACGAUUGAGCUCGAGGAAGGAUCCGAUGGCUUCGUCCGUGAAAUUCCUCAGGACCGGAUUGACAUUGAGAUACCGGAGGCGAUGCGCAUCAAACUCGUCAAGGUCGAUCUCCGAACCACGCUUGAGGAUGGGCGCACGGGGGACUUUGUCGACUUCUACUCGCUCCCUCAUGGAUUCGACCGAGAGUGGUGUAUAACCCGUGACUUCUUUGAAGUUUGA